AUGACCUUGGCUGUGAUCCUUCUCCUUCUCUCCAGGGUAUACUUCUUGCGUCGUGAGCGCAAUCUACCGCGCGUCAGGCGGUCAGGGACAUGUAGCUUAGCAGUCUUUCUUGGUUCCGGCGGCCAUACGAUGGAGGCCUUAUCAUUGGUCAAUUCCCUCGAUUUUACCCGUUAUACUCCUCGGACGUACAUUGUGAGUGAAGGCGAUGCUCUAAGCAUCCAGAAGGCAAGAGCUUUGGAGCGGCUCAAACUUUCCCGAAACGAAAUCGUCGCAAUUGGCGAAUACAGGGUCAUCACUAUCCCCCGAGCACGCCAUGUGCAUCAGAAACUUUUCCAGACAGUUCCAACGGCAUUAUUAUCUCUUCUUGUCUCCUUCUACCACGUCACUGUCGCUCCGUUCUUUGCCGCCCCGAUAUCUGAGGUACUGCUUCUUAACGGUCCGGGCACCUGCUUCGUCUUGUGCAUCGCCACCUACCUCAAUCGACUGUUGGGUCUCCCUUCUCCGAAACUGAUUUACGUCGAGUCAUUUGCUCGAGUAAAAACAUUGUCUCUUUCAGGCAGACUGCUGCGCUCAAUGGUUGAUAGCUUUGUUGUUCAAUGGCCAGACCUCCUGAAGGAGGGGGGACGGGGAGUUUAUCACGGUUGGCUGGUGUGA